AUGGAGAACCUGACCGAGGAGUACAGUGCCGAUCUCACUGGCUUGAAUCCCCGCGAAAGAAUUGCAGCCAUCCGCAAGAUCCAGGACGAUAUUCUCGCUGGACUGCCACUCAACACCCUCUACAUUGUUCUUCACAUCCGUAAUGACCCUCCUGGCCAGAACGACUUUCAUUGGGGUUUGUAUUUCCAUGACAGAGUCACCGGUGGAGUCAAGUACCAUGUCACCAACCCCAGCAGCGAAGGCCGCGGCUGGCCCGCGGACCACGCCAGGACUGCCGGUGUAAUGAGAUCGAACCUUCUAUGUGCCCUGGAUCUGAUCGCUACUAUCCCUAGCGACAAGGUCGCUCAAGUUGAUCCGAUCAUGAGAUUCCAUGAUGAACACUUGAAUUCGAUGCCUGGGCUCACCUGCCGCGUUUGGGUUCUCACUAUUGUGAAGAAGCCCGUUGAGCAGGGCCUUGUGCGCUGCAACGACCUGAAGGCGCUUGAGGCGGAGUGCUUUGCCUUGGGCAAUCACUUCUUGAAGACUGCUGCAGCAGCUAUCCAGCCACGCCCAAUCAUCAAGUCGCGCGUGUGUCACUGA